UGCGUUGCUGCCGCUGAUGUUGCCAAAGGAAUGGAGCCCAAGCAGCAGGAUCAGGCCCAAAAACGGGACGAUCCUGGCGCGCAGAAUGAGCCGCUGACCAUAGUCCAGUCCAUGACAUCGUUCUACAUCUACAAUCCCUACGAGAAGCGCAGUGUGGAGGUGCCUUUAAACAACUGCGAUGCGUUCAUUUCCCUGCUAAAAUGUGUGAUUGGAACGGGAAUCCUGGCGAUGCCGCUGGCCUUCCGAUGCUCGGGAUUCGUGGUGGGUGCCGUGAUGUCCCUCCUUCUGAUGAUCCUACUGACGUACUCCAUCCACUUGCUGAUCGCUGGCAUGACGGAAUGCUGUCGGAGGCGCCAGGUUCCCCAAGUUUCCAUGCCCGAGGCGGUGAGAAUCGCCUACGAGGAAGGUCCCAAAUGGGUCAAUUGUUUUGGCCGUGCAGCCGGGGUUUUAACCACCUGUGUUUUGGUCUUCGGACAGUUCCUGUUGUGCACCGUUUACUUGGUUUUCGUGGCCAAGAACUUCAAGGAGAUCGGCGAUCACUAUGGGGAGAAGUACAAUGAGCGGUAUUAUGUUUUGGGCGCCUGUUUGCUGCUCCUACCGCUCUUUAUGAUCCGCCGACUGAAGUAUCUGGUGCCCUUGAACUUGGUCUCUAACUUCCUGCUGUAUGCGGGAUUUACCUUGAUCAUGUACUAUCUGUUCAGCGGUCUUCCCGAUAUUAAUGAUCGUGAGUUGGCCACACCGCCCGUCGAAUGGAUCGAGUUCUUUGCCAUUGCCGCUUUCUCGCUCACAGCCGUGGGUUCGAUGCUCGUUGUUGAGGCCCACAUGGCGCAUCCGCAGAGCUACCUGGGCCUCUUUGGCGUCCUUAACUUGGCUGUUUUCUUCAUCCUGCUCUCUAACAUGUUCUUCGGCAUUAUGGGAUAUUGGCGGUUUGGCGAAGGGGUCCAAGCGAGCAUCACCCUCAAUAUUCCAAAGAACCAAAUCCUUUCCCAAUUCAUUAAGGUAUUUAUAGCCUCAGGAAUAUUUCUGAGCUAUCCUCUAAACGGUUUUGUAGUGAUCACUGUGAUCUUCAGUGACUAUACAAAUUCCAACGAGAGGAGAAAGCACCAAACGUUUAUUGAGUAUAUAGUUCGCCUAACGUUUUUAAUCCUCACAGGUGCGGUGGCCGUUAGUGUGCCGAAUUUAGCGGCUCUUACGGAAUUGGAGGGCGCUUUUUCGCUGAGCAACCUGAAUCUAUUGUGCCCGGCUUUAAUCGAUGUCUUCCUCAACUAUAGCGUGGGAUAUGGCCGGCUGAUGUGGAAACUUAUACGCGAUAUAUUGCUCAUUCUGAUUGGUCUGAUUUUCGGAACAGUGGGUUGCACGGUGGCCAUAAUACAGCUGAUCCACGACUUUCGUGCGACGCUUAGCAAUAUGUAGCGGAAGUCCCCUUUUAUUUCGGAUUUUUUCUCAGCUUC